CCCGGCCAGUCCACCUCCUGGCUGUCUGAUUCACGGCCGGCCCUCCACCUACCAAUAGGGGAGACCCUCCGACUCCCGAGACAUUCGAAACAUUCGAAACGCAGCCACUCCCUCCCACUUCCUCGUUCACCGACCGGCCAUCCCCCGUCAGCGAUCGCCCCCGUGCAGCCAUGGUCGCUGCCCAGUCGGCCUGAUUUGACGCUCAAUUGACCCCGUGGCGUCCCUUUAUCUCGACCAGCAUAUGCUCACGACCCUCUCCUCCCCUCCGAACCCUCCCCCCCGCCGCCCGCCAUGUUAUUCUUCCGCAGCGGCGUCCAGAGCCCGCGCCGGCGCAACCAAGAAAAAGCCAUCCUCUGCACCAUCCUCAUCGUCUACGGCCUAUACUUCCUCUUCUUCGCCGGCAGUUCCGACCCGAAGCGCGUCGAGACCGCCGCCGUGCAGGGAGGCCCGCACCGGGACUCGCGGUCGGGGCGGGCGUCCCCGUCCGCGUCCGCGUCGCGGCAAGCCCAGACCACCAGCAAGGAGAUGGUCGUGGCCAGCAUGAAGGGCGAGGAUGUGUCCUGGCUGUACGAGUCGUUUCCCGACUGGCAUAAGAGCGUGUAUGUGGUCGACGACAAGAAUGCGCCGUUGACCGUGAAGUUGAAUAAGGGGAGGGAGUCGAUGGUGUAUCUGACUUAUAUAAUUGACAACUACCACAACCUCCCUGACUCGAUCCUGUUCAUUCACUCGAAACGAUACCAAUGGCACAACGACGAUCCGUACUACGACGGGGUCCCCAUCCUGCGCAACUUCCAGCUCCCCUACCUCCAGAAACAGGGCUACGUGAAUCUGCGCUGCGCGUGGGUGCUGGGCUGUCCGGCGGAGAUCCACCCGCUGACGGACUCGCAUCGCAACGACGUGCACGCCGGCGAGUACUUCAAGACCGGCUUCAUGGAGCUGUUCCCCGGCGUGGAGGUCCCCGAAGAAGUGGGGGUUUCGUGUUGCGCGCAAAUCGCCGUGACCAGCUGGAAGAUCCGCCAGCGCCCGAAGAGCGACUACGAGCGCUACCGGAAGUGGUUGGCCGAGACGACCCUGCCGGAUGAUCUGAGCGGGCGCAUUAUGGAAUACUCGUGGCAUAUGAUCUUUGGUAAGGGCCCGGUGUACUGUCCCACGGCGGAGGAGUGCUACUGUAAGGUGUUUGGGCUGUGCGAUCUGGACUGUCCGACGGAGGGAGACUGCGCUGGUCGCUAUGUGCUCCCGCCGUAUUCGUCGCUACCGAAGGGGUGGCCGUAUAUUGGCUGGAAGGGUCAGAAGCAGGACCCGAGUAAGGGGCUUCCGGAGGCGUGA